GCAGAAAGUCACAGGAUCAAGCUUUAGAGGACGGAGCUGCUUCGUAAUAUUAGAUGUUGUAAACAUGUAAUGUGUUUAAAGUAAUAGCAAACAUUCAUUGUGUUUGCCUAUUUUUUUAAUAAACACAUUUGUAUUGUUUAUUUAUAGUGGAAAAAAACCCUCAACGCUCAUCACUUUAAAAGAAUAUUUUAUUUUGAAAGUCAUCAUCGGAAGUGUUUGUUGUUGACACUGGUCGAUUCUUUUGUGGAACUGCUUCAACCCAGUUUACACCGGUCUUUUGGUUAUCGGUCCGCGUGUUGUUAUUGGAGGUCAGUGGAUCCAGGUGAAACCAGCACACCGUCCAGAUGCUUACCCCGGGCAGGACCGUCUCCUCCCGGCUGUUCAGGCCGGUCUCGUGGAUCCCACUCCGGCUAGCCUGUGACCAGAGAGCCGUCAGCACUCUGCAGAAAGAGUUGAUAAAGAAACAAGAACUGGACAAAGAUGAGCCCCGCCCCCUCUACAUGGACUUCCAGGCCACCACACCCAUGGACCCCAGGGUGCUGGAUGCCAUGUUGCCCUACCAGGUGAAUUACUAUGGUAACCCUCACUCCAGAACACACGCCUACGGCUGGGAGAGCGAGAGCGCCAUGGAGAAGGCCAGGAAGCAGGUGGCUGAUCUGAUUGGAGCAGAUCCCAGAGAGAUCAUCUUCACCAGCGGAGCCACCGAGUCCAACAACAUGGCCAUCAAGGGCGUGGGCAGGUUCUACCAGUCCAAGAAGCGGCAUGUGAUCACCACACAGACGGAACAUAAAUGUGUUCUGGACUCGUGUCGAAUUCUGGAGGCUGAAGGAUUCAACAUCACCUACUUGCCAGUCCAGACGAACGGACUGGUGGACCUGGAGCUGUUGGAGGCAUCCAUCCGUCCUGACACCUCUCUGUUGUCCGUGAUGACCAUCAACAACGAGAUUGGAGUCAAGCAGCCCAUCAGUGAAAUUGGUCAGAUUUGUCGUUCUAAAGGAGUCUUCUUUCACACCGACGCCGCUCAGGCUGUCGGAAAGAUUCCCAUCAACGUCACGGACUGGAAGGUUGACCUGAUGUCCAUCAGUGGCCACAAGAUUUACGGACCCAAAGGUGUUGGUGCUUUGUACGUGCGCCGCCGACCCCGGGUGCGAAUGGAGCCGCUGCAGAGCGGGGGCGGGCAGGAGAGGGGCCUGCGUUCUGGCACCGUCCCCACCCCGCUGGCUGUUGGGCUGGGAGCCGCCUGCAACAUCGCCCAGCAAGAGAUGGAGUAUGAUCAUCAAAGAGUGUCCAUGCUGGCUAAUCGUCUGAUCCAGAAAAUCAUGGCCGGGAUUCCUGACGUCGUCAUGAACGGAGAUCCACAACAACGCUACCCUGGCUGUAUCAACCUGUCCUUUGCGUAUGUGGAGGGAGAGAGUCUGUUGAUGGCGCUGAAGGAUGUCGCUCUGUCAUCUGGAAGCGCAUGUACGUCAGCGUCUCUGGAGCCAUCAUACGUCCUCCGAGCGAUUGGAGCAGAUGAAGACUUGGCUCACUCUUCCAUCAGGUUUGGUAUUGGCAGGUUCACCACAGUAGAUGAGGUGGACUACACCGCAGAGAAAUGUAUCCAGCAGGUCUCCAGACUCAGAGAGAUGAGUCCUCUGUGGGAGAUGGUUCAGGAAGGCAUCGAUCUGAAGAGCAUCAAGUGGUCGCAGCACUAAACUCCUCCCACUUCCUGUUUUGUUUCCUAGCUGACAAUGAUGAUAGUGAUGAUUCCCAAGGAGUUCUGGGAAUAGACCAGCUUUUCCUUCUUGUACACAAACACGCACAAACUUCCUGUCUGACUUGAAGUCUGUUUGUAUCUGUAGCUCUGUGUCUCUGUAGAUGCUCCUCUCAUUGCUCAGUCAGGAGUUGUUUCUCAGAGAGUUGACCAACACGCGGCAACCUCACUGAAAAGUUUUUAGAGACUGUCACCUGAGUCCUGUAUCACAUUACAGUCAGUUUGUCUUUGUCUGGCUCUCUUUGGGCUCUUCGGGCUUUACUGAGUCUAACAUCAGUGAUCUUGAUGAUCAUGAAGGUGGUUAGCAACUGCAGUUGACUCUGGGUUUACUAAUUCAGCUCUGAGCGUGUUCACAUGGAAGAGAAGUUCUUAAUUACAGGAAUUACAGUUACAGGAAUGAUGAGUCAAUGUUUACAGAGACUUGAUUGGUCAGUACUGGACAGUUGACAGGUCUGGUCUGAUUUUCUGAAGUGAACUUGCUCUGGAGCAGGUUAGCCCAGCAGCAUAGGUUACUAGGGAGUUGAACACAAAGAAAGCUGGCUAAACUGCUAAUUUUACUUUGUGAUACCGGCUCCUGUCUGUAUAUGAAGCAUCCAAGAUAGGCCACGACCCCAGUGACAAAAAAUAAAAUAGGAACAAUGGGCAGUGUUGGCUUCAGGGAGGCUAGAGAAUGGCAGCAAACCUACGUUCACUAAUCUCUCUGAGUCAAAACAUUUCACUUGAUGAUUCACAUAUUGUCUCCUGCUCUGUUCACAGGUGAUACUUUGUCUCAGAACUCAGUCUUGCAGUUUUUCCUUUUUUAAUUCCAACAUCAGUGUUAGCAGCAGUUCUCCGAGAACAUCCAGUCAAACACAGUGUAAGCAGCCAAACUUUGAUUAUUUUGUUAAAGUCUGGAAUGCUCUACAAGACUGUAGCCUUGAUUUGACCACAACGGCUGAUUUUCAAGAUGGUGGAGAGUUUAAAAAACGGCUCAGGUCCAGUCUCUCACAUACUGACUGAGACUCACAGUGUCACUUUUCCACCACAUAGAUGCAUCUGAGGUUAUUUGACGGGAAUCUGAAGGUGAUCCUGAAAGUCUGAACACAAAAAUCUGAUAAAUUCGGUUGAUAAAUAUGGGUCUCUGUCCUCACUGGCUAAGAGGACUUUUAAAGUCUUGUAUGGUGUUUCUGGAUGUUGUCAGCUGAGCCAUAUUUAUUACACUUCAGCAUCUACUUUCUUCUACUGUUUUCUACCGUUACUCCCAUCAUAUACAUUAUUAUCCAAUAAAGUGCUGCUUCAUGGUUAUGCAAUGAA